AUGGCGCUCUUACAGUUACCUAACGAACUCCUUACUAUGGUUACCAAUUACUUGGACAUCGAAGACAUCUCGAGAAUCUGCCGUAGUUGCAACAUUCUAUAUCAGGCAUUGGAUCACAUUCUUUACCGUCGAGUUGCCGACAAAACCAAAGUUCUUUUCCAAGUAAUCGAUCGGGGACAAACUCGAGUAGUUCGGAAACUGUUAGCAGCGGGCACCAACCCGGACCAGGCUUUGUUCACCUAUCCUUUUCAUGGCAUAGUGGAAAACCGCCGGAACCUACAAGACUACCAGAUGCAGCUAAUUUUAUUCGAGCGGGAGGGUAGAAGAAUGCAGAGAAGCGGUGACCUGUCUGUUCAGCCGCCUUCGCAUUUUUGGACAUCUCUCCAUCUUGCUGCUAGUCGGGGCCACAAUGAUAUCGUCAACUUGCUAUUGAACCACGGCGCGAAUGUCAACGCUCUCUCCUACGGAUUCUGCCGCUGCGAUUACAUGCCCAAGUCCCCAUGUGCACUUAGCCCUGAGUUACCAGACAUGGACAAAGCAGAGCUUUUAUGGUGGAUGCCCCUUCACACAGCUAUAUGCCAUAAACAAUAUACUACAGCCUAUAUUCUAGUAACUCGAGGCGCCUCUUUCCAAGUGGCGCCCAGAGCAUUAGGUUCCUCGAGCAGCUAUGUAACCGCUCUACACAUGUCAAGCUGUACAGAUGCUUUCCAUUUUUCCAACUUCCUCCUAGACUACUACAAGCCUCCCAUUGAUAUCAAAGAUCAUCACGGUAUGAGCUCGAUUCACUGGGCCUAUAAGUCGGAUCGUUGGGGCAUGGUCAAGUGGCUGGUACGACACGGCGCAGACAUCAAUACUUGCGAUAACGAGGGUUGCACGGUACUUCUGGAUGCGUGCUCAGCGGGUCGCUUCUCGAUGGCGUUGAAGAUGAUGGACAUGGGUGCAUGGCACGACACCGGCUUCAAAACUACGCCUUUACAUUGCUGCUGCGGCAUUAUUAUUCCGCCCAAGCAAGUCGCCCAUUCAGACAAUGAGGAGUGGUGUUCCCCUGAAAGUGAUCAAUUUAAACUCAUAAAGCGUCUCGUCGAGGCUGGGGCGGAUGUCAAUGAACGGAAUAAUGAAGAAACCCCUUUAGCACUCGCGGCUGAGCGGGGUUUAGGUCCUAUUAUAGAGUACUUAUUGGAUGCCGGAGCGGUGCUUGACGCUCGGGAUGACAGGGGAAUGACUCCGCUCAUGAGAGCGUGUAAGUGCGGCGGUCCAGAAAAGUAUCAACUCUCGGCUAUCAGGAUACUACUUCAACGAGGUGCAUCGGUAGCCGCCGUGGACAUCGACGGACGCAACGCGAUAGAGAUCGUAUGUAGCAAGCGGAAUGACCAUCGAGAUAAAUUUUCCAUCGUAAAACUACUGCUGGAGUACGGGUCAUCUCACAACGCAGCUAGCAGCUCUACCGAGUCGCUAAUUUACGAACUGUACAUGAGCCGCGGUAUGGAGAUUUGCGAACAUCUGAUGAAGCUCAACACGAGAACCCCAUCGAAGCAGGAACUGGGCUCGAUGAUAUUAAAAGCAAUCGAACAAAACGACGCUGUUUAUCUCCAAUUUGCUUUGCAGUUCAAAGACGCGACUAAAUUGUUGAACACAAGGACACGCUUAUUCGACGCCGUAAAGUCAAGAAACUUCGAGUCCACCAAAGUCGGAGAGACCCCGCUCGACAUAGCCGUCACGGAACGGGACCUCGCCUUGUUCGAGUUCCUGCUCGACAACGGCGCGAAUCCUUCCCCCCCGCGAAUUUGCGGACUGACAGGCAAACCCCACGCCGGGGCCCUUUUCCGAGCUGUUCGGUACCAUCACUCCGGCAUCGUGGAAGCCAUUAUGAGGCGGGACCUAUUCCGCUUGGCGCCGGCCACCGAGCAAAUCUAUUCUAUGUGUUACUUGUGCAACCAAGACGCGCGUACAGACCAGGCCUCGAAUGAAUGCCUGGAAGCUCUCCUGCGCGGAGGUGUCGAUCCGAAUAUGCCCCUCCUGCGAUCUUCGACGCUUGAUUAUUUCCUCCCAUUGCAGGUUGCGAUGGCGAAGAAAAAUCAGGAAGUGGUCGAUCUGCUGCUGAAGUACGGUGCAACUCCCCUUGAGUGA